AUGAGAACAGUGGUCGCUUCAAGUCUCUUGCCGUGUCUGCUACUCUUGUUAUCGAGGUCUUUCAAUCUUGUCAAGGCCGAAAAGCUUCGACGAGGCAGCGGCAAACAAAAUGACGAGAUGGACGACAUGUCGUUAUUGACGACAUUUGAUGAAUUUGAUGCAUUUGAAGCCACAAGAUCCUUGAGCACGGGAAUCUUACCCGAAAGAAAGACACCUCCCUAUCCAUUAGGCGAUUCCAAAUGUGGUUUGUUGCGCAAGCAGCAUCCCGGAUGUAUUCGGGUUUCUGCCCCAAACAAACCACCCUCAAUUCCCACGCCGCCUCCGAAUUUGUUCAAUGAGGAAUUAUCUCCACCGCCCACGACAUUACCUACCACAGCACCCACGCCACUCCCAACGCUACUCCCAACGCCACCCCCAACGCCACCCCCAACGAUUCUUCCGACCACCACUCCUAGCUCAGUUCCGACGGAGGUAGCCAAUCGACCCUUGAAUUGUGUGCAGAGCAUCCAGAAUGAUGGGGGUGCAGCUGAACUAACGAUUGAACACACGGCAAGGUUUUACAAGGGCGAUGUUCACUGCUUGUCAGUAAAUGGUCAAGAAGCUUAUUUUGGGUAUACUUGGACCAAUCAAUUUGGAUUGUUUGUCAAUGGUCAAAGCGUAUGGGAACUUCCGUAUCCACAAACGCUUGAACCCGUGUUCCGAUGGACCUUUCAAGGGGACGGCAAUCUGGUCAUGCGAAAUGAGAACGACAAAGUUCUCUGGAUGACAGGGACUUGUUGCUACAGUGGCAGCCGACUCAAAGUUUCGAUGGAACGAGUGUGGAUUGAAAGCCGAACGGAAUCGCAAUUGUGGUCCGAACCAUUCUUUGUGACACCCGCCCCGUCGCCGCCACCGACUCCUCCGCCGACACGACCUCCCACACCCCCACCGACGCCAUCUCCAACCGUAAAACCUCCACCAAGUCCGCCACCGAGUCCUGGUCCCACUCGCUCUCCUACCCCGCCACCGACACCUGGUCCAACUCGUCCUCCUACUCCACUACCAACCAAUCCUCCAACAAGGCCUCAAGACCAAUCGUUGAGAUGUGUCCAAAACGUGUCCGGAGACCAAAUUACCAUUCCGAUUGAUGCCAUCUAUCGAAAGGGCGAUGUGCACUGCCUCAGACAAGGCGAUGGAACCGAAGCCUAUUUCGGAUAUACUUGGUCCAACCAAUUUGGAUUGUUUGUGAAUGGCAGAAAUGUAUGGACUGCACCUGACAGCCAAGUGGCUUCGUUUGAUCGAUGGUCCUUCCAAGGAGAUGGCAACUUGGUGCUUCGAGAGGGCGGUGGUAGGUCCAUCUGGACGACGCAAUCGGAUGGGAACUCGAACAGUAAUUUGAGAGUUUCGUCCGAGCGAGUUUGGAUCGAGAGAGCCACGGGAUCUACUGCUUGGUCUCAGCCACCAUACCUAGGACAACCACCGAUACAACCACCCAUCAGUAACGACAAGCCCAAUCCACAUGGCGGUUUGCAGUAUUAUGCCUACUACUACCCUUGGUAUCUCAGAAACAAUUGGUCCAGGCACGGCUACCAGGAUGAGCCCCUUUUGGGAAAGUAUGGAACCAACGAAGUGGGCGUUGCCGAGCAACACAUUGAAUGGGCUCUUCAGACAGGCAUUUCGACAUGGAUUGUCUCCUGGUGGGGACCAAACAGCUUGGCCAUGAAGCAUUUCAAACAAGGAAUGAUGAAUGCCCCUUCCCUCAACAAGAUGAAAUUUUGCAUGUUGUAUGAGACCGUCAUCUUGGACGACCGUGGGAGUUGGCGCGAUGGCUCCAAGGAAGAAGCACUGUAUCGUGAUUUGAGGGUGAUUGUCGAUGAAUUCUUUAAUAAUCCUUCCUACCUCAAGAUCAACGGUCGACCUGUGAUCAUCUUUUACAUUAGUCGAUCUCGGAUGCCGUAUGAAGCAGGCUUCAAUGGACCUGCAGUGAUAGCCAACAUGCGUCGACGAUUGGGUCACAACAUCUACUUUAUUGCCGACGAACCGUUUUUUGAUUACAAUAACAAAAGUCCGGAUGGCAAUGAAAAUGCCUUCAAGAAUGGCAAGCAAGUCUUUGACGCCUACACCACGUACAAUAUGUUUCAAGACAGCCGAGUCCGACGAGGAGAGACAGCGACGGAUUAUCAAUUACGAGAAUCCAUGCCAGUUUGGAAGCGAUGGGCCGAGAAGUUGCCACUAUUUCCCAAUGUCAUGCCCCAAUACUACGAUUUCCGUGGGCACAAGCCAUUGUUGGGGAACUCGAACGACUUCAUGAAGCAGCUGCGUGCAGUGGCAUGUUUGCCAAGGACCAACUUCAACGGAGCACCUCACAUCAUGAUGAUUACUUCCUUCAACGAAUGGUGGGAGGGUACCCAAAUUGAGCCUGAAAACGGCUCUUCCAACAAUUGGAACAAUUAUGGAUUCCAGUUCAUGGAGACCUUGGCAGCGUUCAAAAAGGAUAUCGAUUCCCGUGGAACCUAUUGGUGUUGA